AUGCAAAACCCAAAACAUGUUCUCUUGGAAUUCCGGAGAAUUCGAGACAAGCGGCAACACCUCUACCUAUUUGUUCUGGGAGUUGAGUCGGGGCCAGAAUGGCAAACGAAACUCCGAGAAGAUCUACUCGGUCUCCACCCACCCUUGAAGGAUAUGCCCGGAAGGCGUGUUGGGAUUGACGAUAUCACAAGCCCUCAGGAUAUUGACGGGUUGCCGAUACUGCAUGCUAUAUUGAUGGAAAUCCUUCGACUCUGGCCCUCGGUACCUGGUGGUCAACCCCGGACAGUACCGCGGCCAUGUACCCUAGGUGGCUACCACAAUAUCCCUCCUGGACCGACCGUGCAAUCUUAUGCAUCGGCCCUACACCGCAUGCCGGAUGUGUUCCCGGAUCCUUUUGAGAGGAAGCCGGAAAGAUGGUUGGAUGCAUCGCAAGAAGAGCUAGCCCUGAUGAGGAAAUGGUUCUGGGGAUUUGGCUGUGGUGGAAGGAUGUGUCUUGGACCUUAUUUUGCAUAUUACUGUAUUUACUCCAGUUUCACUACCACCGUUCACGACCAUGGAGACAUGGAACCGAGUGAUGGCUAUCUCGCAGGUCCAAUAGGUCAUCGUCUGGAACUGAAUUUUCAUCUUGUGGAAUGA